AUCCAGAAACUGCGUCAGGAAGUCUUUGUUUGGCAACGGCUAGAACACCCGCAUAUACUGUCUCUGUAUGGCACUACGGACAAUUUUGACAAUGUCCCAGCGCUAGUAUCUCCAUGGAUGGAAAACGGUUCUCUUCAGCAAUAUCUGAAAAUAGUGUGGGACGAGCAAUUGCGGCCCGAAAUGCAUCUGCAUCAGGAAGAAAUUAUACACGGGGACCUUAUGCCUUCUAAUGUUCUGAUCGAUGAGAACGGGAACGCUCUCCUUGCAGACUUCGGCCUGUCGCGCCUGCUAGCGGACCAUGAAACAUCCUUCUUCGAAUCUCACGGCCCAGGCGCAAUUCGUUGGGCUGAUCCAAAAAUCAUACCGCUCAAUCCUGAAAAUCCCGAUGAAGAAGUUAGCAAGCCAAAUAAAGCAAGUGACAUCUAUUCGUUUGGUUGCAUCAUGAUACAGGUGCUAUCUGGCGAGUCCCCGUACUCUCAUAUAGUAAACGAGCAUACUGUCACUGUGGCCAAAUCCAGAGGCAUUCUGCCGAGACGACCGCUUGCAAUCACUGAUGCUCACUGGUGCUAUAUUGAACGAUGUUUGUCACCAGACGUUGACACGCGACCUUUGGUUGGUGAAGUUUUGGAAUACAUUGAGGCGGAAUGCGACGGACAUAAUUAA